CCAGGCGCGGGGGCGGGCGAGGUGGAGGUGACUGUGGUGGACCCCAGCGGGCGGAAGGGCUCGGUGGAGCAGCAGCUGGAGGACAAGGGCGACAGCACCUACCGGUGCACCUACCGCCCGGGCGCCGAGGGCACCUACACCGUCCACGUGACCUUCGGGGGCAUGCCCAUCCCCCGCAGCCCCUACACCGUCGCUGUGGGGCAGGCCUGUAGCCCCAGUGCCUGCCGGGCCACGGGCCGGGGGCUGCAGCCCAAGGGGCUCCGGGUGAAGGAGCCGGCGGAUUUCAAGGUCUACACGAAAGGCGCCGGUAGUGGGGAGCUCAAGGUUACGGUCAAGGGCCCAAAGGGGCCGGAGAGCGUGAAGCAGAAGGAUCUGGGUGAUGGGGUUUUUGCCUUCGAGUAUUUCCCCACCCUGCCCGGGAACUACACGGUCACCAUCACCUGGGGGGGGCAGCAGGUGCCACGCAGCCCGUUUGAGGUGAAGGUCGGCCCUGAGUGCGGCAGCCAGAAGGUCCGGGCCUGGGGGCCGGGGCUGGAGGGCGGCGUGGUCGGCAAGUCGGCUGACUUCGUGGUGGAGGCCAUCGGGGAUGACGUGGGCACGCUGGGGUUCUCGGUGGAGGGCCCAUCCCAGGCCAGGAUCGAGUGUGACGACCGGGGCGACGGCUCCUGCGACGUGCGCUACUGGCCCCAGGAGCCGGGCGACUACGCCGUGCACGUCCUGUGCAACGGGGCCGACAUUCGGCACAGCCCCUUCAUGGCCGAGAUCCGCCCCGCCCCCCGCGACCUGCACCCCGAGAAGGUGAAAGCCCACGGGCCUGGGCUGGAGAAGACGGGUGUCGCCAUCAACAAACCGGCCGAGUUCACAGUGGAUGCCAAGAAUGGCGGGAAGGCCCCUCUGAAGGUCCAGGUGCAGGAUGCGGAGGGCUCCCCGGUGGAUGUGGCGGUGAAGGACAACGGGAACGGCACCUACAGCUGCUCCUAUGUGCCCAAGAAGCCGGUGAAACACACGGCCAUGGUGUCCUGGGGGGGCGUCAACAUCCCCAACAGCCCCUACCGC